AAGGGAAAACAGAGGAUCAAAUGUGGAAUUCGCUCUUGGGUUGCCCGAAAUCGGGCAGGUUGGUUCGGACCGGCGACAGAGUUCGGGCCAGCCUGGAAUCAGCGUAUUCACCCAGGUCCCUGGAGCGCUCCAAAACAGUGUUCCUUGACCCCGCUCUUUAUGCAGCGCCCUUUUAGCUCCAUUAGCCCAGCCGUCAGAAGCAUUUGGGCUGCCGUCCCUCAUCGGUGAGGCAAUCUGUCGAACAACUAUCGGGCAUGUAAGAAAUCGUAAUCUUUCCUUUAUCAUGUAAUACUGCAAUCUCGUCAAGACCCCAGCGAUCCCACUGUUUUCAAGGGUUCGGAGACGACGCAUAUGCUGGACAUCGGCUCACAGGUUCGAUUCCCGAUCCAUUGCCGAUAUGUUUCUCCUGGAAGCCCUCAAGAGCAACGCUCGAUCGAAUUCCCUAACCCUAGGAAGUGGUAGAGUAAGAAGCGCUCGAUAUUUACCCGAGGGAUUCCAUCAGAAGAUCUUGGAAAGCAGUAGCGGAAAGAAAGCUAGAAGCUUUUCGCAGGGGUUUCAUCCGAAGUCUCUGGAAACUAUUGCUGGCAUGGGAACUAGGAUUUUUCCAAGUGGAUUUCGUGGGAAAACCCUCGAUCCUAGGAGUUUCUCGGACGGAUUUCACCUGAAAUCCCAAAAAAGAAUGCACGGGAUCGGAACUAGGGUCUUCUCCAGUGGUUCACAGCAGAGAACUGCAAAUAAUGCAGAAAGCAAGACACUUCCUUGCAUAGCAGCCUAUAGAGACGGAGAACGAAAGGGGGUGGAGAAAAGGCCUUCAGUAAGAAGCAACCGCUCCUCAUGGGAACAGUCGGCGAAGAGAGAUUUUUCCAGAAGUCGUGGAAUCUGGGUGAAAGAGAACAGUGAGAAUGGAGAUAGAAAUGAAGAGAACCUCAAAAGUUUCAGAGGGUUUGCUAAAGAAGAAAAAUAUGAGGAGGUGGAGGAGGAAGAUGAUGAGCCUAUUGAUGAUCCAAGAUGGGAUAGGAUCAAGAAUAAGUCCAAGGGAUUUAUUGAUCGAGAGUCUCGUUUUGAGAAAACACAAGUUCAUCAAUGGAAUAAGCAAGAGAAAUUGGGAAGAAAGACAAGGAAAGAGGCUACCGAGUCAUCAGUUCCGAAAAUGGUUGGCCAAGGGGUUUAUGGGGUUGGUCCAGUUUUGGCAGCAUUGACGGCAGCAAGGAGGGAAUUUUAUGCUCUCUAUGUCCAGGAAGUGAUGGACUUGAGCAAAAACAAUAAGAAGAAGGACAAGAAGGCAGUGGAGAAGGUCUUGCAGAUAGCUGAAAAGAUAGGAUUGAAGGUUAUAGAAGCUUCUAAGCAUGAUCUGAAUAUGGUAGUUGACAACCGACCUCAUCAAGGUUUGGUGCUCGAUGCUUCUCCAUUGGAGAUGGUUAAUAUUAGGGAACUAGAGCCUGUAUCAUUGGAGGGUCAAAAAGCUCCUCUCUGGGUGGCUUUGGAUGAGGUCACAGACCCUCAGAAUUUAGGAGCCAUUAUAAGGUCAGCAUAUUUUUUUGGUGCAGAAGGGGUGGUGUUGUGUGCAAAGAACUCGGCACCUUUGAGCGGUGUAGUUAGCAAAGCCAGUGCAGGCUCCCUUGAAUUUAUCGAGCUACUGUCUUGUAAGAACAUGAUGCAGUUCUUGUCAUCAUCAAUUGAGAAUGGCUGGAGGGUUCUUGGAGGGUCAGUUUCUUCAAGAGCUAUCCCAUUAAAUGAGGUUGAAGCUGGGGUGCCUACGAUACUCGUGUUGGGCAGUGAAGGCAGUGGGUUGAGACCUCUAGUGGAGAGGACAUGUACUGAGUUGAUUAGAAUUCCGGGAUUCAUGCCUGGAUGGGUUGGAAAAUUGGAUGCUGAGAAAAAGGAUCAGACUUAUUCUGGGCAAGAUCUCAAGUCUUUUCUUGCUGCAGAGAGCUUGAAUGUAAGUGUGGCAGCAGGUGUGUUGCUGUACCAUCUGAUUAAGAACAAUAGUCAUGUUAUAGACAGAAUGAACUGACCAUGAUGCAAGUAUCUCAAGAACAUGGCAUCCAAUUUGCAACCUCCAAGAGUUGUUUUUCUCAGCUAUGUUUUAGCUGUUAGGGUAGCAGACUGGGAGUUGUAUCAUCUCAGGAUUUCACCCCUUCACAUUGUAUCUCAUGCGUGCAGAUGUUAGAGGUGGAAAUAAAAGCACUGGACUUGAGCACUGGACUUGUGGGUAGCCUUGAAAUAGUUUUUGCUCACUACAACUUGAAUCAUCACAUUGAUAUAUCGGCAAUAUAUAUGAGUCCAACCUCAAUCUUAAUCGCCCUUAGUAUUCAUUCGUUUUUUCCUUCUCUCCACAUCCUUGACUUCCUAAACAAUCAUUGUUCUCUUGUUUUGCACUGAUUUGGUUAAAAGUUCAAACCUAUGGUGCACUCUUCAACCAGGGUGGCUACCUAGCAAUGCGGAAGAUCAUUGUAAACGGACAUGUUGCAUUGUACAAUAUAGUAUUUAGUUCAUCUGUUAAGAAGUACUAUGUAUCUAUAUCUGUCUUAAACUGGAUGCAAUAAUCAGAUGAAGCAAUAGUACGGAGAAUUUUCUGUUCAGAUGCCACAGCUCACUGAUCAAGAUUUGCACUGGAAGAGACAGGUAUUUCUUCAGUACAGGCACACCAAGUGAAUUGAAUAACUCUCCUUUGUUCUUGUGGAAUUCUCUUCAUUAUUUAUGCAAUACUCUGCGGAUCAGGAGAUUCAAGAACUGGUACGAAGAACUAUGAGAUUGAGUGGAAGCAUUUCUAUCAUAAUAAGGUACGUCCUCUCAAAGCCUCCAUUCUUGGUCAUUUGGAGAGUUUAUUGACAUGUUGAGACCUGCUAAAUUUCUACCACCAGCAUAUUUCAUUUACCCACAAAAACAAAAGAAA